AUGGGUUCAGAGAAAGAAAGUCAGCUUGGUUCCAUGUCAAAGUGCCUUGACAAACAGGUCGAUAUUCCCAAAGGCUUCCUGUGUUCUUGUCUGAGUUCAUGCCUGCCUUCUCUACUCCUUUGCUUUGGUGAAGCCAAGAUGAAACUCACAAUUGUCUUCGCUAGACUUCUUGGAGUCUUUCUGACCCCAGCCCUUGCUUUCACUGAUAUCAGCAUCGGCGGUAACAGCAACAGUGGUAUAACUGGGCAGCAGUCAGUGAGUGUCAACAAUGAGCAUAAUGUGGCAAAUGUGGACAAUAACAAUGGAUGGGACUCCUGGAAUACCCUCUGGGACUAUAAUACUAACUUUGCUGCAACCAGACUCUUUGGCAAGAAGAAAUGCGUUGUGCACAGAAUGAACAAGGACGUCAUGCCCUCUCUUCAAACUCUUGAUGCACUGGUCAAGGAAAAGAAGCUUCAGGGUAAUGGACCAGGAGGACCACCUCCCAAGGCCCUGAUGUACUCAAUCAACCCUGAAGAAGUCAAGGACCUGAGCAAGUUAGGAAAACCCAUUGCUAGCUUGUGCAGGGGAAUUCCAACAUACAUGGCUGAGGAGAUUGAAGGGGCAAGCCUGUUCUUUUCCUCAGAAAAGUGCUUCAGUGCUGAUAUAAUCUGGAUUCUGAACAUUUCCUUCUGUGAAGAAACAGUGGAGAAUUAA